UUCCUCCCCCAGCAUCUCUCCUCCCCCUGGUUCUCUCAAUGGAUUGCAGUCCCCAAAUCACCUAGCACCGGAACAAACCUAACAGUAAUGGGAAGACCCCGCUCGAGAAGUACUUACCCCACUCGUCCUGGGGAAAGGAAGUCCCCUCAACCAGCGGGGGUGGGGUCUGUGUGUGUUUGGCCUUGGGACCGACAAAAUGACACAUGUGGGGAAAUGGAGAGGAGAUGGCGGAUUCAAAAAAGAGAGAGAGAGGAAAAAAAAAACAACCCAUUUCGUAGAGCCUGUUCCUCUGCCUCCUCCGGGUGUGGCCCUAUUCUGGGCAUCUCUUCAGGACUUCAUUCCUCCGUCCAACUGCCGUCCACAACUGCCUUUCCAACUGCUUCAGAACUCUUGGCCUUGGCAUUCUGUGAUGUAAAUUCAUUCCACGCAUGGCUUGAAAUGGGGGCGCAGCAGUGUUGCCAGGUGUCGGAUCACUAGUUUGUCAUGGAUGAUGAUGACGACUCGUGUCUCCUUGAUCUUAUUGGAGACCCACAAGCGUUGAACUAUUUUCUACACGGACCUAGUAAUAAAUCUAGCAGCGAUGACUUGACUAAUGCAGGAUAUUCUGCAGCCAAUUCAAACUCAAUUUUCGCCAACUCUACCAAUGCUGAUCCUAAGGCAGCCCUCAAGGGUGUAAGCACCCAGCUUGGAGAAGGGCCCAGUGAUGGACUUCCACUUUCCAGUAGCCUUCAGUUUCUUGAAGAUGAACUUGAGUCUUCUCCUCUUCCUGAUCUCAGUGAGGACCAACCUUUCGACAUUCUUCAGAAAUCCUUGCAGGAGGCUAAUAUCACUGAGCAGACGCUGGCAGAAGAGGCCUAUCUGGAUGCCAGUAUAGGCUCAAGCCAGCAGUUUGCACAAGCUCAGCUUCAUCCUUCUUCAUCAGCAUCCUUCACUCAGGCUUCUAACGUUUCUAAUUACUCAGGUCAGACGCUGCAGCCCAUCGGGGUGACUCACGUGCCUGUCGGAGCAUCGUUCGCAAGCAAUACAGUGGGUGUGCAACAUGGCUUCAUGCAGCACGUGGGAAUCAGUGUUCCCAGCCAGCAUUUGCCUAACAGCAGUCAGAUUAGUGGUUCUGGUCAAAUACAGUUAAUCGGGUCAUUUGCUAAUCAGCCUUCCAUGAUGACUAUUAACAACCUCGAUGGGUCGCAGAUCAUCCUGAAGGGCAGCGGGCAGCAGGGCCCGUCGAAUGUGAGCGGAGGGCUUCUGGUUCAUAGACAGACUCCCAACGGCAGCUCACUGUUCGGGAACUCCAAUUCCAGCCCGGUAGCACAGCCUGUCACUGUUCCCUUUAACAGCACAAAUUUCCAGACAUCCUUACCUGUGCAUAACAUCAUCAUCCAGAGGGGACUCGCACCAAAUUCAAAUAAAGUCCCAAUUAAUAUCCAGCCAAAGCCGAUCCAGAUGGGUCAGCAAAACACGUACAAUGUGAACAAUUUGGGAAUUCAGCAGCACCACGUCCAACAAGGGAUCUCUUUUGCCUCCGCCAGCUCACCCCAGGGCUCCGUUGUCGGUCCACACAUGUCCGUGAACAUCGUAAACCAACAGAACCCGAGGAAGCCCGCCACCUCCCAGGCUGUGAGCAACACGGGGGGCAGCAUCGUCAUCCACUCCCCCAUGGGCCAGCCCCACACGCCCCAAAGCCAGUUCCUCAUACCCACCAGCCUUUCCGUCAGCUCCAACUCGGUACACCACGUGCAGACCAUCAACGGGCAGCUGCUGCAGACUCAGCCAUCCCAGCUCAUUUCCGGCCAGGCGGCCUCGGAGCAUGUCAUGUUGAACAGGAACUCUUCCAACAUGCUCAGGACCAACCAACCAUAUUCUGGACAGAUGCUUAACAACCAGAACACCGCCGUCCAGUUAGUGUCGGGGCAGACGUUCACCACCUCCGGAAGUCCCGUGAUCGUCAAUCACGCCUCUCCACAGAUGGGACAGAUGCCCUUGCAGCAGGCGUCACCCACCGUACUGCACCUGUCACCAGGGCAGAGCAGUGUCUCCCAAGGGAGGCCUGGCUUCUCCACCAUGCCCUCGGUGACAAACAUGUCUGGACCUCCUCGGUUUCCUGCUGUCAGCUCAGCCAGCACCGCCCAUCCCAGCCUUGGGUCUGCAGUGCCAUCUGGGACGUCAGGAUCAAAUUUCACAGGAGAGCAGGUCACCCAGCCCAACAGGACUCCGGUGCCCGUCAGUGCGGCUCAUCGUCUUCCAGCCUCUGCUUCCAAGUCUCCCAGCACGUUCAGCCCGGCGCCCGCCGCGGGGACGCAGCCGCAGUUCUUCUGCCAGGCUCAGAAAAAAAGCUUGAACCAGACCUCCCCCAUUUCCACUUCCAAGACGGCCGACAGCCUGCGGCCCACGCAGAUCCCCGGGCUCUUGAACACACUGCCAGGGCAGGAUUCUGCAAGCAAAGUUCUGCCGGUGUCCUUAGGGAACUCCCAGGCACAACAGGAGAAAGCAGUUGGAUCAUCUCCUGGCCAGCCAGCUGUGCAGGUGGACAGUCAUUCAGGAGGACAAAAGCGGCCGGCUGCGAAACAGCUAACUAAAGGAGCUUUCAUCCUGCAGCAGCUUCAGAGGGACCAAGCCCACGCCGUGACGCCCGACAAAAGCCAGUUCCGCUCGCUGAGCGACGCCGUGCAGAGACUGCUCUCCUACCACGUGUGCCAGGGUUCCACGCCCACUGAGGAAGACCUGAAGAAAGUGGACAAUGAAUUUGAAACAGUUGCCACUCAGCUCCUAAAAAGGACCCAAGCUAUGCUGAACAAAUACAGAUGCCUGCUUCUAGAAGAUGCCAUGCGGAUCACUCCCUCUGCCGAGAUGGUGAUGAUCGACAGGAUGUUCACCCAGGAGGAGAGAGCGUCGCUCUCCCGAGACAGGCGUCUGGCACUCGUAGACCCUGAGGGCUUUCAUGCCGACUUCUGUUGUUCCUUCAAGCUUGAUAAAGCGGCUCACGAGACCCAGUGUGGCCGGAGUGACCAGCCUGGUGGGAAAUCAAGCAGCUCUUCACACCCGGGGGCCAAGGCCCAAAGCAGAGACCGAGCCAAACCAGGCGUGGCCGAGCCACCGAACCACGACCAAUCUCAUGCAGUGCCUAAUCACAUGGUGGUCUCCGCGGAUGGCAGCGUUUCUAAAAACACAGAGUGCCGAGUGCCCGCUCGUGACAAAGCAGGCUCAGUUCAGUACCGGAGUGCGAACGAGGACAGGGGUGGCCGGAGAGACCCCAUGAGGGCGGGUGAGGGCUCUCCGGGCGCCGAGGGACCCCGCAAAACCUCCUCCAGACCGGAUCACGGUACUGACAGCAAGCUGUCCAGCGUCCUGGUGGACUCUCACCUGGACAUGACGUGCAACAGCUCCUUCCAGGACCGGGCGCCGAGGAGCUCUCCAAAGAAUGAAGUUCUGCGCACGGACAUCCUGAGGGGCUCCGGCGAGCCCCAGGCUGACCUCCAGCUCACCAAGAGUCUAGAAACAACUUUUAAGAACAUCUUGGAACUCAAAAAGGCUGGGCGGCAGUCUCAGAGCGACCCCACGGUCAGUGGCUCUGUGGAGUUAGACUUCCCCAACUUCUCUCCCAUGGCUUCACAGGAAAACUGCCUGGAAAAGUUCAUCCCGGACCACAGUGAAGGCGUCGUGGAAACGGACUCCAUAUUAGAAGCAGCUGUAAAUAGUAUCCUAGAGUGUUAAUAGCAGCCGUCCCUCCCCACCCGACACCCGCCCCGACACGCUCCAUUCUCUCCCGGCAAAGCAAAUGGAAACGUCUCCUGUCUCCAGCCUGCUAGACCUCCGCACAGGUUCCUCCCCCCGCCCCCCGCCCCCCCUCAGUCCCGGUCUUUGUUUAAGAGCAAUACCGCCAUGGUUCCAGGGAGAUCCUCGUGCCGUUCUCCGUGUUAGAAAGCAGUCUGCUAGGCCCCUCUCCUUCCCAGUGUUACCAAAGUGCUUACGGUCUUUCGUUGUUCUUGUUGAUUUGUUUUCUUUUUUCAUUUUUUUAAAACCCUGUCACUCAAUGAGAUCACAAUACACUUGGCCCUUGGGUAAAAUUUUGACAAUCAGUAAGUCAUUUGAAAAGAACAGACUUAUUAAAAACAAAAAUCAAACAGGACUGAUAGAAGCGACUUUGUAGAGGCUAUCUCCUGCAGCUCUAGACUUAGUGGGCGUUUUGGUUUGUGUUGUGGUGGGCUGGGGGGCUCUCCCGGCUCAGCCCACUUACUCGGAGGUAAGUUGCGGGGCGCCUGCGCCGUCCGGGUCACCCAGCGAAUGUUGGAACUCAGCUCCGCAGGGUCAAUCCAGGGAAAAGGGCAAGUUGAGAGUACGGAGGAGGCCGGGGAAGAGCCGUGAGGACCAUACCCUGUAUAGAUGUACAAGCAUAGAUAUGUUAACUACUGAGAAAAACAAGAGCUCUGCAUUUUCUAAUCGGGCAUAGUCAAUGUACCGUGUAUGUUCUUGUGUGUUGCUGGGUUCCGUUUUGUUUAAACUCUCCAGUAGCCGAGCAUCAAACAGCACUUUUGUGUGAAAACUAGGUUCUAAGUUUUUUUCACUUUCAACUUGAAGGGGACUCUGGCCCUGUCCAUUCUUGUCUGGCAGCAGUAAUCAGUCACCCCUGGAGCAUUCAUUACCAAAACACAGACAAACCAAAGGUAACCAGCCGGCCCAUCACUGAAGGAAAGAGCCGAGACCCAUCUCCAUGAGAGGCAAAGGGAACGCCUGCUGUGGAUUGUGUUUGGCUCGUGUUCACCUUGGUGAACAUGGCUUACUGCUUUAUUUCUAUUUCUGUUCAGGGAGCUUUCCCUGCCUGCCUGCCUUCUGCCCCUGCCCCAGCCCCAGCUCACACCCCCCCCCCCCGCCCCCGGUUGCUGCUUCCAGCACCACAGUGACGGUCGCUGAGAAAGCCGCUCAGUGGUGCGGGCGCACCUUGUCCCGUGGCACCCGUGCACAGGUUUGAGCUAUUGAGACCCACAGCCCAUCCUGUUAGCAUGUCCCCAGAAUGGGGGUGACCCCAAGUGUCUUCAGGUUGGGCAGUUCCUUUCCACACUGGCCUGCACAGAAAGGAAGGCAUCUGAUUUUUUUCAAAACCAGAGCACUAAGCCAGGCAUGGUAGCAUAAUCCCAGCACCUCCCCCUGGGAAGGCUGGGGCAGGAGCACUUCAAGGCCAGCCCGAGCUCCUGGUGAGACCCUGUCUCAAAAAAACCCAUGGCAACAGAAGCCCUGUGCCCUCCCUCGGAACAGGCCAGGCAGGGCAGGCAGUCCACGCAAGGCUCGCCCGGGCCUACAGAAAUAGGAGAAUCUCAGCCAGUUUAGGGCUAUCAUUUUUCCCCUUACUAGUGCCAAUCCAAGUUGCAGAUUUCCCCUUCUUCCUGUGCUAUGACACAUUCGAAAGCUAAGUUGGGAUUGCCAGUUAGAACUUUGUUUGGGCAGUGCUGGUUAGCAGCCUGCCUUGAACCCCACUUCGCAGGCUCUUCUCCUCGGCCUUACUCCCCUCACGAUGCCCCGGAAGCCUUCACCUAGGCUGCUCACGAAUUAAUUACUGAAAAUCAGGAAUUUUUAAGACAAGCUUCAUGUACAUUGUCACCUCUCCCCUCUCCUGCCCUGCUACCCCAAUCCUAGCUUUUUUAUAGGCCAUCAUACAGGUUUCUCAACCCCUCAAACUUACCCAGCUAAUGGAGAGCCUAAAUCACCCAAAUGAACACUUGUAAAUUUUUGUGUACUUGUAUGUAAGUUUACUUUUUAUGGAGGGAAGAUUCUAGAUAACGACAAAUGAAGACUAUGAAAUGUAUUUUACUCCUGUGAUUAGGUUCUGCACACAUGGGUCAUAGCUCGAACGUUGCCCCCCGCCCCCCUGGCUGGCAAACGGGGGGAGGAGGGCACUCAGCCUUUGAUGGCCAACGUUCAGUUGUUUGGGUUCAUUAGUCAAAGUUAAGGAAUAACUUGUGCUUUGUAUCAAAAAAGAAAAUCAUUUUCCUUUUUAAAAAAUUCUUUUUCCUGUUUGUUGUUGUGGAAAAGUGUGAAUUUGUUAUUACGCAUUUGAUUUUCUGUGUCCUUCAGUACUGCCUAAAGAUAAAGCAAAUUUUAAACUGGCAAUUACGAAAAA